GCGAGCUGCGUUCGACUUGAAAAAAUAGACUUGUGAUAACUUUUUUUUUUUUUUUUGCAUUGAUUGAAGUCCCAAGAAAGAAGAACAAGAGGAGGAGGCGGAGUCAUCACUUCUUUUCACCCCCGUUUUUUUUUUUUUUUUUUUGUUAAAAAGAGGAGAGCGCGCGGCCGCUCGCUCGGACGCGCCGGCAAACAUGAUGAUGAUGUCUCUGAGCAGCAAGCAGCCCUUCUCCGCCAUGGCGCACGCCAGCCUGCACGCCGAGGCCAAGUACUCCUCGCUGCACUCGGGCGCCGCCAACAACUCCACGUCGUCGUCGUCGUCGUCGGCCACCUCCAACGCGGUGUCGUCGUCCUCUUCGGCGUCCUCGGCUUCGUCCUCGUCGGCGUCCUCGUGCGCCUCCUCCCGCCACAGCAGCAUCAUCAGCACCAGCUCCGAAGCGAUGCGGCGCGCGUGUCUCCCCACGCCGCCGAGCAAUAUAUUCGGCGGCUUGGACGAGAGUCUGCUGGCCCGGGCUGAGGCGCUCGCCGCGGUGGACAUCGUCUCGCAGAGCAAGAGCCACCUCCACCACCACCACCCGCCGCCGCACCACAGCCCCUUCAAGCCGGACGCCACCUACCACACCAUGAACACGCUGCCGUGCACCUCGUCGUCGUCGUCGUCCGCCUCGUCGGUGCCCAUCUCGCACCCGUCCGCGCUCGGGGGAGGAGGCGGCGGCGGCGGAGGCGGCGGAGGGGGCCACGGCCACGGCCACCACCACCACCACCAUCAUCACCACCACCACCACCAGCCGCACCAGGCUCUGGAGGGCGACCUCCUGGAGCACAUCACUCCGGGCCUGGCGCUGGGGGCCAUGGCGGGGCCCGACGGCUCGGUGGUGUCCACGCCCGGCCACCCGGCGCACAUGGCCGGCAUGAACCACAUGCACCAGGCGGCGCUGAGCAUGGCGCACGCGCACGGGCUGCCGCCGCACAUGGGCAUGAGCGACGUGGACGCGGACCCGCGCGACCUGGAGGCCUUCGCCGAGCGCUUCAAGCAGCGGCGCAUCAAGCUCGGCGUGACGCAGGCCGACGUGGGCUCGGCGCUGGCCUCCCUCAAGAUCCCCGGCGUGGGCUCGCUGAGCCAGAGCACCAUCUGCAGGUUCGAGUCCCUGACGCUGUCGCACAACAACAUGAUCGCGCUCAAGCCCAUCCUGCAGGCGUGGCUGGAGGAGGCCGAGAAGUCGCACCGGGAGAAGCUCAACAAGCCCGAGCUCUUCAACGGCGCCGAGAAGAAGCGCAAGCGCACGUCCAUCGCGGCGCCGGAGAAGCGCUCGCUGGAGGCCUACUUCGCCAUCCAGCCCAGGCCCUCGUCGGAAAAGAUCGCGGCCAUCGCCGAGAAGCUGGACCUGAAGAAGAACGUGGUGCGCGUGUGGUUUUGCAACCAGCGGCAGAAACAGAAACGCAUGAAGUACUCGGCCUGCGUUUGAAUCCCCGCGCGACGACAAACUCGGGCGCUUUGUAUCAUAAUUUCCUAUUUCAAAAAAAAAAAAAAAAACCCACGAACAAAUACAACAAAAAGCUCCCACUCCUUUUUCAUUUCUUUGUGCAUAAGAAGGACCAAAAAAAAAAAGAAAAAAAAAAAGACGGCGCGUGGAGGGAGAAGGAGCGCGUGGACACUAAUUCCACCCCCCCCUCACCGUAACUGACGUGACCACAACGGAACGUGGAAAAACAACAACAACUGAGAGCACUUGCUUUAUUUAGGAGUCAUUCAUUUGCAGGGUCCGCGACAUAUGAUGUGAUAAUAUUAAUAAUUACGAUGACUGCCAAAUAAUUCCUCUGUAAAUGCAUUAUUUACACCCUCGUUUUCGUGUCUAAACGUGCAAUUUAUUCGUUUUUUAAAAUUUAUUUAUGUCUUUAUUUUGGGUGGUGGUGGGGGGAGAGAGAAAAUUGGUGUGUGUGGGGGGCGGGAAAUUCAUCAAGGAUCAGCAGGUUUGAGGAAAUAAUUUGAAGUGUUUACAACGCAGCGUGGGCCUGCUCCUUAUGAACUAUUUAUGGAGUGAGGUCAUGUUUACUUCAUGAUAUAUUUAUUAGACCCCCCCCCAUCAUCACCAUCGCCCCUUCUUCUACAUGUUGUUUUUGAGCAAAUCGUACAAAUUUAGAUGCCCUCCUCACACACACAUUUAAGGUGGUACAAUCGAUAUAAAUAUAUAGAGAGAUAUUAUUUCACCCCCCCUCCCUAUUUAUUUAUUUGUAUAAAUAUACGCGUUGUUUUGCUUGUACGAAUCACUUCGUUUGAUUACUUUCAACUGAUCGCUUUGUAGAAUUGGGAAAGCGAAAUGUAAAUAAUGUCGUCAUCAAUUGCACAUUUUAUUCUAUUCGUACAGUCCACCCCCCUUCCCCGUGUAUUUGCUGUUUCAGCUGAGGUAUUUUCUGUACAUGUUUAUUUAUUCAAAACAAAACAAAACAAAAAAAAAAGAACUGGUUAAAUUAUUACCUUCCCCACUUAUUAUUUAUUCAUGUUUUCUUUUAUUUAAUAAUUGCGAUGUGUUUCAUUAAAGAACAAACUUUGCCGUUUGGAAGUUCAAAAAAACACACCCAGACAUGCUAAUGUUAUUUUUGAUUAUUUAUGAAUUCAUCUGUUUAUUUAUUGAUAAGGUAGGAGGGGGAAACGCUUUACAGCAACACAGCAGUGUGUGCAUGCACAACUCUUAAUAUAAAAUAAAUACAUACAUGAUUGGGCCGCCUCUUAAAUGCUGCCAUUUUUGUUAUUAAAAUGCAGCUCCCAUUGUAUAUUCAUAUAUCUGUAUUUUUUUUUUUUUUGCAUUUUUUUGGGGGGGAUGAAGUGUCAGAUUGUAUUGACUAGUUGGAGCGUCACGUGACUGACGGCUGCCCCACAGCUUCUGCUUACCUGAGAGCAAAUGCUAAUAAUCUAUUAGAGGCUUAAUCAGGGGCUCUACGGAGGCCUGGAAGGCUCCCUGGAGCGCUCGUGGGGGGAGUUCGGGGAGGGGGGCUUGCCAGAUGUCAACCCGCCAGAAAAACAGCUCGCCUGCCAACGAGACCGAACCCCCCACCACCACUCCCCACUCCAAGCACCUUUCUCUGUUUAAAUGCAGCCUUUGAAGGGAUUUCUGAAGGAGUUUCAACAGCGACUAAACAUGUCCUGCAGAAGCCGCCCAGCCGCUUUUCAUGGAUGGGGGGUGGGGGGCACACCGGACGAAAUAUUACGUGCAGACCGUUUUGAAGGGAUCCUAUUUGCAGCAUUUUGGCCACUUUCAGGACACAACAAUAGGUACAUCUGUAGUAGUCAAAAGGUGAUUUCAAUUUAGAUGCUUUUUCUUAGUUAUUUUUCCAUAUACCUAUUUAUAAAGCACAUUUUCGAGUUACAACAUUAGGUACACUUGAACAUCCUAAUUUCCUUGGGAAAACUAUGGAUAUUUUUUUUAUUUGUCCAGAAAUGCCCUCCCCCCAACAAACUGAAGCUCAUUUUUGCUAUUUCCUCUCCCCUACAUGCACAAAAUCCAAUUUUGACAUUUAAAAUCGUUUAAAGGUGCUGUUGAAAUGCUUUGACGUGGGACAUUUGCAGUCGUGCCGUGAUAUACCAUUGAGUUCCAUAUUUUUAUUUGACACAAUUUACAUAUCUGUACAGUAUAAUAUAUGACACACAUGCUCUUAUUGCAUGUACCAUCAGACACAUCAGCGUGAAAUUUUUACACUGCAGAAUAUUUAAGACUUCUGAAAUGCAUUUAUGGAGCCAUUCAGGGGUAUAUUCUUCCCUGAUAUGACACAUCAUCAUUUAAAAUUUUUUAAUGGAAAAAAAAAACUAAAAAAAAAAUGAAUGCAACAAAGAACAGUUGCCUCGACUGCGGAUUAUCAUGACCAGGACAACCGAGAAUGUACACGGAUGCUGAGGAAAAAAAGAAAAAAUUGCAAUCACGUUGGCGCUGCUUAUUGAAUUUGUGACAGUAUACUAAAAUGAUUUUGGUAAAUAUGCUUAAAAUAUAUAAUAAAAACUCACCGGACAUAACAUUAGGUAGAUUUGCUACUGGUUUGCCUUUUCAAGAUCAUAUACGAGAUUUCUCAAAGUGCUUUUCGGGGGGAAUGUGGAGAGAUGUGGUGGUGCUAUAUUCUUCAACCACAUAAAUACUACAAACGAAUCCUCACAAUUUAACCUCAUCCAAAAGUCUGCCCCUUCAAAAGCAAAAUGAUGGUCCCGGUCCAAAGAACGUGUUUUCAAAUUUUGAGCAUAUUUUAAAAAUAGCAAACACAACCAGGAAUACAUCUGCUGUGGUAUAGCAGUACCACAACCUCACACACCGGGAGCCUGCUUUGUAAUAUUUUUCAUCUUUUCAGGUCACCAAAGUGUCGCUCAGUAUAUGACGCAGUGCAACUAAAUCACUAAAUCUAAAAAUCAAUCGCAUUACUACUUUUGCAAAGUAGCCAGUGCGCGACAAAUACCUAAAACUCAAACGUUCACACAUCAUAAACCGAAAGAAAAUCCUUUCGACACGUCAGUGAUGUCAUCAACUUGCUCAAGCAGACAAUUAAAAGCUGCUCCCUGAACGAGACGUUCACUGGAUACGCUAAUAAGCCUGCAAUUAUUAAAUUACACACGGAAUUACCAAAAGAAGAUCAUUAUGAAGCGCCACUUAAGGAGUCAUUAGCGGGCGGCGGUUAAUUACUGCUGGUCAGGGAGGGCCGCUCGCUAUGUGUGAGGGUCUCAUCGGGACGUGGAAUUAACAACCGAGACGAGCCGCGACGCUCGCUGCGAGGAGGAGCUCCGAUCGAUGACACGCACCACACACUUGGCCCGUCUCAUUAACGAAGAGAAUCAAACCACCGCGUUCGUGUGCUGAAAGAAAAUCUUAACCUUGUAACAUAUUCAAACCAUCACAACAAAUGCAUCGGUGUUUUUAAAGCAAACGGCUACAGUCGCUACAGGUACACUUUCCUAAAAGGAAGACAAAAUAUUGCCGGUGUUCUUUCUCGAAACGAUGGCGCACUGACUUUGCACUUGGAUACAAAGGAGAAAAACAAACCAUGUUGCACUUUGCCCCCGAAGAAGAAACGUUGACGGGGCACUUUCUCGAAAAGAAGACUGAUCGACUUUGCGAAACAGAUGUCGUAUUGAUAUUGCACGUUUCCAAAAAAGAAGAGAAGCUGGUCACGUGACGCUUUCCCAGUCAAAACAAGACGAACCAUUUGGUGUUGGCCUUUCCUAAAAUACGAAGAAAAGCUACUUCCCUAAAAAGAAAACAAACUGUCUCUUUGCCCUAAAGAGACUUACUAUGUUGCACUCUCCUUAAAAUACAACAUACUACUCGUGCAACUAUGAAGUCAAAAAAAGAAGACAAACUCGUGGUGCACUUUCCUAAAAAGAAAAGAAACUGGCGAUGUUUCAUUGCCUUGAAAAGAAGACGGCUUGUUGACUAUUGCCUUUUCACUUUCCUCUCUCUCUUAAAUACAACAUGCAACUCGUGCAACUAUGAAGUAAAAAAAAAAAGAAAACAAACUCGUGGUGCACUUUCCUAAAAAGAAAAGAAACUAGCGAUGUUGCAUUGCCUUGAAAAGAAGACGGCACAUUGACGAUUGCCGUUUCACUUUCCUCUCUCUCUUUAAAAUAAAUACAUACACACAUACGAGAUGUGCAUCCAUCCAUUUUAUUUGCCGCGUAUCCUCACAAGGGUCACGGGGAGUGCUGGAGCCUAUCCCAGCUAUCAGCGGGCAGGAGGCAGGGUACACCCACAACUGGUUGCCAGCCAAUCGCAGGGCACAUAGAGACAAACAACAGUCGCACAAAUAAUGUCACCUUGGGGCAAUUUAGAGUGUCCAAUUCAUGUUGCAUGGUUUUGGAACAUGGGAGGAAACUGGAGUGCCCGGAGAAAACCCACACAGGCACAGGGAGAACAUGCAAACUCCACACGGGCAGGUCUGGGAUUGAACCCGGGACUUCAGAACUGCGAGGCCAAUGCUUUACAAACUGAUCCACCGUGCCGCCCAUACGAGACAUUAAAAAAGAUACUUUGUGCAAAGAUGCAAUUCGGUUUUAGACUGCACACUAUGAUAAACAGAGGCUACUAUAUUCCAUCGCCACAUUUUUCUCCCUCGAUCUACUAGAAUCCAUCGCUCCCAAAAGUUGUGCUUUCCUUCUUUACGCAUUUAUCCAAAAUGCCACAAAUGCAUUCACGUUAUCGUUAUUAAGAAAAUAAUAAUAGGGCACACAAACACACACUAUGUAAUUAUAUAAAUAAUCAAAUGACACAAAACACACAUAUAGAACACGUCACUUUUUUUUUUUACAGCUCGGUCCAGAAGUAUUUGGACAGUGAUUUUUUUUUUUUUUUAAUGAUUUCUGCAUUUUACGUCACUGGCGUGAAUUUGUAAACAACCAAAUCAAGAUGCCAUGAUGGUGUGUUGACUUCCUGCUUCCAUUCAAAACCUUACACACACUAAUAUGACAUUUAUAAUCGCCAUUUUGGGUACUACCAUUUUAGGCUUGAUGUUUACUUGAAAAACAAAUAAAACACACUCGUGUGAAGUGUUGAGCCUUGAGCUACCAAUAUGAUUUUCAUUCGAGUGAAAACGGCCGCCAUUGUUUCUUUAUUGGCUAAAAUCAAGCUAGAUCGGGCAAAAACAUGAUAAACAAACACUGCCCUAAUACUUUUGGAUAUAUAGCUGUGUUUUCAUUUAAUUCGGCCAAACACACUCACGUUAAAAAGAUAUGUGAAAAAAAAUAUCGAUUUUUCUGCCACACGUGAUGGAGAAACGAUUUCACUUCCGCGCAUGCGCACGCCGGGCACGAGUCGGCAACGUCCUACGUGAUACAAAAAUAAACAACAAGGGGCAGCGGCGAUGCUUCCUUUUGUCAUAAUUACACCUUGUUUUAUUUUUCAUUUCUUUUUUUUAUUUUUUUUGGAGGGGGGGUACUCUUUUUGACACAAUAUAACCCCCUCCCCUCACACACACGCACAUUGCAGGGCUAGUGAUGAAUUUUUAAUGAAGCCAGGGACUGUCGGAGCUCCGCCUGGGGAUCCGCGAGUGGAAUAUUUUAACUGUACAUUUA